AUGCAAUCGUUUGUCUUGAGAUUGCUAUUCAUAUUGAGUGCAAAUGUGUGGACAUUAUGUGUCUCCCAAUGGAUGCAUUCAAUAACAUUAGAUCCGCACAAUAAGUAUCACCUGAAGUGGUACUUCGAUGACCACAAACAGCGGAUCACUUUCAAUGUGGUGGUCGAGACGACCGGUUGGGUGGGCUUUGGUAUCUCACCGAAUGGUGGAAUGGCUGGCAGUGAUCUGGUUAUCGGUUGGGUCGAUGACAACGGUGUCACACACUUCCACGAUCGUUACGCCGAGGAGGAAGAGUUGCCGACAAUAGACGACUCCCAAGACUGGCAUUUACUGGAGUCGGGACACAACGGCUCUCAUAUAUGGCUCACAUUCACUCGAGUCUUCAUCACCUGUGACACAGAAACAGAUCUCUCAAUCACUUCAGACAUAACUAAACUGAUUUGGGCGUACAGUCACCACAAACCCUCCUCACCAGUGGCUAUGCCUCAACACAAGGCCCUCAACAGAGGCCACAGAAACGUUCAUUUGCUGAGUAUUCCCGGACAUGACUUCGACAAUAAGAAUAAUGAGACAAUCGAGAAGUGGGACAUCACCUCAAGUAAUCUGUUGAUACCUAACAACACCGACACGACCUACUGGUGCAAAAUUGUGAUCGCACCGUUCACUUCGAAAAUACAUGUUAUCAGGUUGACUUUUGUUUUCAUUUUCAUUGUCUAUGAAUUGAAGAUCGAGCCCAUCAUAUCUCCGGCAACUAACGCACCAUUUGUUCACCACAUGGUUCUCUACCGGUGUCUUCACCCCAACUCGUCAUACAUGGAUCAGUACGCCUCACACGACGGCGCCAAUUGUGUGGACUUCGCUAACAUGCCCUACGAUUUCAUACACUGCCAAUCAGUUUAUAUGGUCUGA